AUGAACACAGUCGUCCAUCUUACACCCCGAGGCGGUCCGCGCAUCGCCCGCGCCCUGCAUCGCGCCCGCCUGGGUACCACGCCGCGGGGCCGCCCGCCGCGUCCUUCAGCCCGCGCGAGACCUGUUUUCAGAUGUGGCGGCAUUCUUACUGGUGAAUCUGGAUUUAUUGGCAGUGAAGGUUUUCCUGGAGUGUACCCUCCAAAUAGUAAAUGCACUUGGAAAAUCACAGUUCCCGAGGGAAAAGUAGUCGUCCUUAAUUUCCGAUUCAUAGACCUUGAGAGCGACAACCUGUGCCGCUAUGACUUCGUGGAUGUAUACAAUGGCCACCCCAAUGGCCAGCGCAUCGGGCGCUUCUGUGGCACAUUCCGACCUGGAGCCCUGGUGUCCAGCGGCAACAAGAUGAUGGUAAAGAUGAUUUCCGACGCCAACACAGCAGGCAAUGGCUUCAUGGCCAUGUUCUCUGCCUCCGAACCAAAUGAAAGAGGGGACCAAUAUUGUGGAGGACGCCUUGAAAGACCUUCGGGCUCUUUUAAAACCCCCAACUGGCCAGACCGGGAUUAUCCUGUAGGAGUCACUUGUACAUGGCACAUCAUAGCCCCAAAAAACCAGCUUAUAGAAUUAAAAUUUGAGAAGUUUGAUGUGGAGCGAGAUAACUACUGUCGGUACGAUUUCGUGGCUGUGUUUAAUGGAGGAGAAGUCAACGAUGCUCAGAGAAUUGGCAGAUACUGCGGCGACAGUCCGCCUGCGCCAAUUGUAUCUGAGAGAAAUGAACUUCUUAUUCAGUUUUUAUCAGACUUAAGUUUAACAGCAGAUGGAUUUAUUGGUCACUACAAAUUCAGGCCAAAAAAACUGCCUACAACUACUGCAGCACCUGUUACUACCACAAACCCAGUAACUACAAGUUUAAAACCAACUGUGGCCCUGUGUCAACAGAAGUGUAGACGGACGGGGACUCUGGAGAGCAAUUAUUGUUCAAACAACUUUGUAUUAGUCGGUGCAGUUAUCACAACCACGCCUCGGGGUGAGAGUUUGCAGGCCACAAUCUCAAUCAUCAACAUCUAUAAAGAGGGAAACCUGGCAAUCCAACAGGCGGGCAAGAACAUGAGUGCCAAGGUUACUGUGGUCUGCAGGCAGUGCCCUCUCCUCAGAAGAGGUCUGAACUACAUCAUUAUGGGCCAAGCGGGAGAAGACGGGCAAGGCAAGAUCAUGCCAGACAGCUUCGUCAUGAUGUUCAAGACCAAGAACCAGAAGCUUCUGAAUGCUUUAAAAAACAAGCAGUGUUAGUGGUGAACUGUGUCCAUUUAAGCUGCAUGCUGUUGUUGCCUUUGAAAGAUCGGUCUUCCCUAGGUAGACUCCACAUGGAGCGUCCCCAAGGGCUGGAUGCUUCACCCUUCACACAGCGUGGGUGUGAGGCCUGCAGUGCUGCCGCUCCAAGUUCUGAGCCUGCGCUGAGGCGGGCAGACAGCCAAAAGCCUGCCACCCUGCGCAGCGAUAGGAAGCUCAAGGGAUCGGGGGUGCCAGCUUGGAUGCAGUUUAUUUGUACAUCUCUGUAAGAGGGUAUUUUAGAAUUGAGUUGUGUGAAGAUAUAAAAAAGAUUUUAUAAGUGCAAUAUUUAUAGUGAUACAUGUUUUGCCUUCAAGCAUUUGCUCUGAGGUGUUACAUUCUUCUCUUGCAUUUUUAAGUCAGCGCUUAAUAAAUAUUUAAAUGAUCACAUAGCAGC